AUGAAAAAGAUAGUUCUUUUAUAUCUUAUUUUUACUAUUGGAAAUGCAGAAUCGUGUAAAGUUGACAGUGAUUGUGAUGACUACUACAAUUGUGAGUCAGGAUCUUGCGAGCGCAAAGAGCUUUUUCCAAUGGAAAAUUUAGAAAUCAUAGGAACAAUUUUAAUUGUAAUUGUGAGUGCUCUAUCUAACUCAUCAGGAAUUGGUGGAGGAGGACUCAAUAUCUUAAUCUGCAUCUUAUUUUUUAAAUUUGAACCCUCUAAUUCAGUUCCACUAUCACAAGUCAUAAUAUUAGGUGGGAGCCUUACAACUAUUAUAAUACAAAUACCAUCAAGACACCCUGUAAAAGAUAGACCAUUGAUUGACUAUGAUUUAAUAUCUUUUGUAAUAUCUCCGAUGCUUCUAGGUGCUAGUAUCGGGGUUAUUUUAAAUGAAAGUUUUCCUUCUUGGCUUAUUCUUGCUCUUUUAACUUUGCUCUUAGGAUUUAUGCUUUAUAAUUCUAUUAAGAAAUAUAUUAAGCUCAGUGAAAAAGAAGCUGAACUAAGAAAUAAAGAAAAAGAGAUUGAAAAUACAAAUUUAAUAGAAAAUAAUGAGCAAUCAAAUACAGAAAAUUAA